AUGACCAUCAUCCUUCUCAGAUUUGUCAAGAAUCCUGCCCCCGAGGAAGACUUUGUGUACGUCACAGAAGCACUUCAUCAGAUCAAUCCGGAUCUGCGCGAAACCGAGAGAACAGAGAACACCAUCACCUUCUCCUCCCCAGAUCACAACACUGAUUUAUACGACACUUUAUUACCGGCAUGGCUCAAUCCACCUAAUCCCAUCAUCGACACAUACCUCCCUUCGCGGAAUAAGACAGAGACCGAAACCAACAGCAAACUACAAAAGCUGAACGUUGUCCCUCCUACCCAAAUCAUUGAUGCAGACUAA